CUAGAAUGGUCGGUGCUGGAAGAAGCAGACACUACACGGUGCCAGACGCCACGAGUGAGGCGUGCUCGGGGGCCAAUCCCGGGGUCUGGGUGUCUUCCUCCUGGGAGAUUAUCUCAGCCUGAGCCCGACACCUCCCUGGGCCGGGAGCCAUGGAUGCCGCUCUGCUCCUGAACGUGGAAGGGGUCAAGAAAACCAUUCUGCAUGGAGGCGCAGGGGAGCUCCCAAACUUCAUCACGGGGUCCCGGGUGAUCUUUCACUUCCGCACCAUGAAAUGCGACGAGGAGCGGACGGUGAUAGAUGACAGCAAGCGCGUGGGCCACCCCAUGCACAUUAUCCUCGGGAACAUGUUCAAGCUCGAGGUCUGGGAAGUACUGUUGACGUCCAUGCGGCGAGGCGAGGUGGCUGAGUUCUGGUGUGACUCCAUCCACACAGGGGUCUACCCCAUCCUGUCCCGGAGCCUGCGGCAGGUGGCGGAGGGCAAGGACCCCACGGAGUGGCACGUACACACGUGUGGGCUGGCCAACAUGUUCGCCUACCACACACUGGGCUACGAGGACCUGGACGAGCUGCAGAAGGAGCCGCAGCCUCUGAUCUUCGUGAUCGAGCUGUUGCAGGUCGAGGCCCCGAGUGAGUACCAGAGGGAGACGUGGAGCCUGAGCAACGAGGAGAAGAUGCAGGCGGUGCCCAUCCUCCACGGGGAGGGGAACCGGCUCUUCAAGCUGGGCCGCUACGAGGAAGCCUCCAGCAAGUACCAGGAGGCCAUCGUCUGCCUGAGGAACCUGCAGACCAAGGAGAAGCCCUGGGAGGCGCAGUGGCUGAAGCUGGAGAAAAUGACCAACACCCUGAUCGUGAACUACUGUCAGUGUUUGCUGAAGAAGGAGGAGUACUACGAGGUGCUGGAGCAUGCCAGCGACAUCCUGAGGCUCCACCCAGGGAUCGCGAAGGCCUACUACGUGCGGGCCCGGGCUCACGCGGAGGUGUGGAACGAGGCGGAGGCCAGGGCGGACCUCCAGAAAGUGCUGGAGCUGGAGCCAUCCAUGGGGAAGGCGGUGCGCAGGGAGCUGAGGCUUUUGGAAAAUCGCAUGGAGGAGAAGCGGGAGGAAGAGCAGCUCCGAUGCCGGACCAUGCUGGGCUAG